CACUCGGUGGCACUUCGUGGCUGUUAGUUGAUGGUUUCAGGAUGAGUCACUGGGAGUUGGUAUCCUGUUUGCUACCAAGCUGCGGGUGGCAGAUGGGUGGCACCUUGUCAAGGCUGACGGCACCUACCAGCCACAGGGCACCCACUUUGUCCUGGGCCAUGCACCCACCAUGGAGGCCCAUUUGGCCAGAAGGUACCCACCCAACCAUGGGGCACCUACCCAGUCACAGGGUACCCAUCCGCCAGCACAGUGCAAGGGAAGUGCUGGGAGUGGGGUGUGCCAGCUGACAUGUGGGGCAGGAAGGACCUGCUGUGGGGCUGGGACAACGCAAAACUUAAAAAAGAGGAAGCCCUCAAGUGCCCCAGCCCAGUGCAGCAGCACCCAGGCAGACACAUCUGGCACCUCGCACACCUCCAUCACAGUGUCAGCUGUGUCACCCAAUGAGGUGACAGCCAACCCACCAGCAUGCCCUGGGUAUUGCUGCUGCGAUGGUCACUGUGGGGCCGGCCUGGCAUGAAGGCCUUGGUCACUGCCGGUGUGUUUGUAACCAUCCUCUGGAACCUGAGGUCAUUCCUCAACCCCUCCAAGGGUCCUGGAGAAGACGCUAAACACAGGGAGCCAUUGAUGAUCCUGGUGUGGGAAUGGCCCUCCAAGCAGGUUCCCAACAUCAGCAGAGACGUGUGCCAUGAGCUGUACAGCAUCACAGGCUGCCAGCUCACCACAGAGCGGCAGCUCCUGCACCAGGCCCAUGUGGUGGUGUUCCCCCACUCCAGACUCCAGGCUGGCCGGGACAAACUGCCCAAGGAGAGGCUGCCGGGGCAGAACUGGGUGUGGGUCUCCCUGGAGUCCCCCUCCAACACUAGAGCUCUAGCAGCAUGGAACCAGACCUUCAACUGGGUGAUGACCUACAGACAGGAUUCGGACAUCUUCAUCCCCUACGGCAAGCUUGUGCCCAACCAGUCAGCCACCGUGAACAUCCCUGCAAAGACCAACUUGGUGUCCUGGGUUAUCAGCAACUACCACAGGACUCAGAAAAGAGCUGAAGUCUACAAAAACCUCUCCAGGUACCUCCAUGUGAAUAUAUAUGGGAAAGCAAACAACAAGCCCCUCUGCAAGGACUGCCUCUUGCCAACAAUAUCCAGGUCUAAGUUCUACCUGGCCUUUGAGAACUCCAUCCACCGGGACUACAUCACAGAGAAACUCUGGAGGAACUCCCUGCUGGCUGGCACUGUGCCUGUGGUGCUGGGGCCACCCAGGGCCAACUAUGAGCAGUUUGUUCCUGCAGACUCCUUCAUCCAUGUCAACGACUUUGACUCCCUGGAGGAGCUGGCCACCUUCCUGAAGACCAUGAACUCCAGCCGCUACCGGCAGUUCUUUGACUGGCAAAAGAGGUUCAGUGUGAAGCUCUACACUGACUGGAGGGAGCGGAUCUGUGCCAUCUGCACAGCCUACCCCCUCCUGCCCCAUGGCCACCUCUAUCCUGACCUGCAGAGCUGGUUCAACUCCUAGUGCAUGCUGGGACCCUUGGGAUGGAUGCAGGCAGGGGUGGGAGGUGUGUGACGCACCCACCUGCACACAGGAUGUGGAGCAAGUACAGGAGCCCCCACUCUCCUCCCAACCCAGUUUUUGCCACGCUGCGCCUUCAAGCAACUCCCCCUAACUUCAUUUCUUGUGAAACAGGACUUAUGACCCCAACCCAACACUGAACACCUUGCCAGGUGCUGGCAGGAUCAGAGGGUGCUUUGGAAGUAAGUGCCACAGUGCUGCUGAGGCUGUGCAUGUGGUGUGAGCAGGCCAGGGGUGUGGUGGGUGGCUCAGGGCUCCCCAGCCUUCCCCUGUGAUUGUCAAUGUCCCCCCAGCACCUUCUGCUGAGUGCCAAAGUCCUGGCAGCAGAGGCCCUGUGAUGACAUUUGUAGCUGGACUGGAGGAGUGGAGGUCAGCCCAGGGUGAGGGUUCCAUUAACCCAUGGCCAGGGAGGAAGGACAGAAUCUGCUCCCCCUCUUCCUGGCAGCACCCAUUUCCUGUCCCCCACCCCUGAGCCAUGGGUGUCACUGUGCCAGUGAGGAGCCACAGGACAGCAGAUACUCUCAGAGCAAUCUCAGUGCUGCCAGGCAGGCAAAGGGAUACUGUGGUUUGUCACUCUCUUCCUGCUGUGACAGGAAGCCAGUGAGCUUACAGCCUCUGGAGGCUUGCAAAACUCCGAAGCAAAGCCAGUCCCGUGAGCAACUUGGACAUGCCCAACAUUGCACUGGGGAAACCCUGCACCAUGGUCACCCUGUACUGUACACAGAGGGCACCCUGCACCACAGGCAUUCCAAGAGGAAGUACACAUCUGGGAUCAUUAGGGUUGAGUGACAGGCCCAGGAGUAAGACAUGACUGCUCCAUCUGUGCCUUGCUCUUUUGCCCCUCUACUCAGUACCAUCAACUCCCUUGAUAUAAACAACUCUUUUUGUCACAAGUUCCCUUUCUAGUUUUCUUCUCUGUGGCCCUGAAGAAACUAAACCCCACCCACCUCUGCCACCCUGCGAGCUGCCGGGUGCCCAGCAGGACUGAGAGCUGGCAGAGUGGACAUCCCUCCCCAGCACUGCCCUGGUGAGGUGGCAGCAGGACAGGCACACUGUGCUCUUCUGACUCCUGUGGCUUCCGCUUUGCUGUUUUCUGGGUCAGCGGAAGAACAGGAGGGGCCUGUGGGUACCCACAGAUGUUGGGUACUCACGGGCAAAGAGUGCCAGGGUAGCAGGAUGUGGGACCCCAUGGUGGGCUGCAGGUCUUGCACGACUGCAUGCAGAAAACCAGAUAGUGGAAAAAUCAGAGAGAAGCAAACCUUUGGGAGAUGACAUUUGAGAUUUCUGCUCACCCUGCCAGCCUCCUGCACCCCUCAAGCCCCAGGCACAACUGGGCAGCAGCAACAGGGACAGUUUCCAGUGGAUGCCACACAUGGCUGUGCCCCUACCCUGUGGGCAGACAAGUAGGAGGCUCUGAGGGGCAAGCAGAGAUGCAGAUGGGCGCUGCCCCACAGGGCUGAAAUCUAGCCCAGCCUAGCCCUUUACAGGGUUCCAAGGUGUCCUGUGAGCAGUUGCCUUGGUUGUCCCAAUUCCAGGCAGCCUAGAGAGCAAAGCCUGAGCUACCAGCCAUCAAGCUGAAAACAGGGCUUUCCAGAAGCUUCCUGUGGGCUUGGCUGGGGAUGUCAUUUUGCCCAAGGGAAGAGCCCUCAAGAGAAUGGACUGGGGGCAAACCAACUGAGCUCAAGAGAAUGGACUGGAGGCAAACCAACUGAGAGAGUGUAGUGGGAAAAAGUGAAGGAUCAUCCCGCAGAGAACCCUGCUCCCGCCAGCUCAGCUUCCAGUGUCCAAUGGACCUGCAUGGCUGGGUUGUAAUCACCCCACCGGAGACUGCCUCAGCUGGAUCACACAUACGGGAACAUCCAUCCCUCCCCUGUCAGCACCAUACUACAAUGAGGACAGCCCCAGCUUUCCAGACCUCUUCACUGCUCACCCUGCUACAUCCUCCUUAUUCCUUCUGUCCCUGGCAGCUGCUGGAGCAGCCUACAAGUAAGCUCACACUGCUUCCAGCCUUUCCAGAAGCAAACCAGCAACUCAAAAUGGGUGGAAGAUGAUCCCCUCCUUUCACUUUUGGACGCCCUCUGCUUCAGGGGGCAACAGCCCUGACAAGUUGGUACCACUCCAGGGCCAAGCUACCACCAGUCAUGGAGCGAGGCCAAGCUGCAGGCAGCCAAGAGCUGAGUGUAGCUGACAUGAUGGGGACAUGUCCACCUUCUUGGGGUGCCUUGCUCCAGCCCUGCAGUGCCCCUGUAUACAGCCAAACCUCAACGGCUGGGCUGCAGGAGCAGGGAUGCAAGGAAGGCAAGGAAAGGGUUAACUCAUUCUUGCCUCAAAGAAGUCUGAGAUUUAUUUCACUGCCAGAGGGAAUAUGAUUAAGAACAAAAAAUUUUAAAAUCAUCAUUAACUACAGCAGGCUGGAAGGCAUGGGGUGCUAGCAGCAUGGAAAGGGUAGUACAGGUCCCCUGGGCUGGGCCCUCCAGGGAAAGGUGGUCUCUGGGCUGGGGUGAUGACAGUGGCUGGAGAGUGGGGGGGGGCCUGGGGAAGAUGCUGGGCACAAAGCACUGGGGAGGACCCCCCAACUCAAACAAGCCUUAUCAGCUGCCCCACAGAGGGGUGAAGCUCUCUUGUGCCACAGGGUGAGGGGUGGUGGGAGGGCUCACCUUCUCCCCUUGCCCCAGCCCUUGGCUCAUCCUGGCCACCCAGGAGGGUGGCAGAGCCACCAGGGCCAUUGGCCCUUGCAUGGCACCCCAGCUCCGCUCUACGUGACAGGGUGGAAGGAGACACCUGGGAAACUAGAUCACUACAAAAAUUUUUGCUUUUUAAAAACUACAACCAAAAACCUGAAAAGAAGAAAAAAAAAACA